CAGUUUUUGGACUGAAGUUUCGUACAUUUCUUUUCUUUUUUAAUUAAUGCGACGAUCAAUUCAAUUUUCAAUUGAAGUUAAAGGGAAUAAAGUGCUUUUUGAGGUUUUUAUUAAUUAAUAUUAAGAUUCGUGCAAAUUUUCCAAAGGCCUUUUUGCAAGUUCUACAAGAUACGACGAAGGAGUUGAAGAAGUGAAUUGGACUGAUGAUGUUAUCGUAGAUUCUGUAACAAUGGCGCAGGCAUCCAUACCUCCGGAUCUUAUUGUGUCAGCAGAUGGGGGUGUUGAUGAUGAUGAUACAAGGCUAACUCUAGCUUAUGAGAACCUCUAUGAAGUGCCACGAACAAUUGUUGAAAGAUUUUCAGAUCACAUUAAAUAUCUGGAUAUCAGUCAUAAUAAAAUUACUAAUUUAGAUGCAGUAGUACACUUUAAGCAUCUGACAUCUCUGAUAGCAGACACAAAUCCAAUCACAGAGAACUGUGUGCUGCCUCCACUGCCUAAGCUGCAACUUCUAUGGUUGAACCAUUGUAAAAUAUCAUCACUGUACCCAUGGGCCGGCAAACUGAAGGAAUCCUGCCCCAACCUGGAGUACCUCAGUCUAAUGGGCAACCCAGCUGCACCAAGUUACUUCAAUGGAGGAACAUUCUAUGAAUACCUUCAGUAUAGAUUAUUCCUAAUCUCGAAGUUUCCCUCAUUAAGCCACUUGGAUGAUAGAAGAGUAACAGAAGAUGAAAUAGCAGAAGCCAAUCGUCUCUACAAAAGACCGUUGGUAGAAAGACUGGUCAGACCAGGGUCAGGUGGACUGAACCAGUUCAUCCAUAGCUCGGUAUCAUGGAAUGCUUUCCAAAAUAGAAUAAGCUCGCUCUGGACUAAGGAUAAACAAGGAUCCAAAAAUCUGCUUAUUUGACAACUCAAUCUAAGGUAAAUGUGAUCUCAAAUGAAUACAAUAAUUCACUAUUUUUUGCUUUGUUGAAGACAUUUUUGAAGUUUACUUACUUAAACAUUUAUGUAAAUUGAUAGAGAGUUUUAUGGUCUUUGUUGCUGUUAUAUUUCGGAAAAUUUACUGUCUUAGGAUUUUCUACCAUACCUUAUUUCUUGUUUGUUCUAGGCUAGGAAAUAAGUUGAGUACUAACUAAUUUAGUAGCUUAAUAUCUGAACAAAGAAUAUUUAUCGGAGUAGAUUAGCAAAUUAGUUUAGUUUAGUCAAGUUUUGUUUCUAUUUUCCCAGCAUUAUUAACUUGCUACACAAGUUCGAACCUCUCAUUUUAGUCGGAGUAUUAGUAAACACAGAACUGACUCCACUCACUUGAGUAGUACAAGUAUUGCGAAUUUUGAGCAGUAGAGAGUAUAUUAGCUACUAAAUUACUCUGUAUUCAACUAAGUUACAGUCUUAUUAAGAUAUUUCUAUCGCAAUAUCUAAAAGUUAUAUAUAUGUUAUAUGUCUUGUUGGCUCGAAACAUACAAGAUGCUGCUAAACACAAUGUUGGUAAUAUAACAUAUAUGGAUACAUGUAAAACAUUAAACUGUCAAAAAUAAACUCAACAUUAAUAUAGUUUGUCUCUCGGACACAUGACAUCAUAUAAAAUCCAAAAGAGUUGAAAGAACAAAAUUAACGAAAACUGCAAUCCUCCGAUCUAAGAAAAAAAAAAA